GACAAACAGCUGAUGGCAUUAUUUAUUUUCAUUUUUUCAUUUUAGUGCACCACAGAAAAACUAAUCAAUACUUCAUUCCUUUCCACGAAAUAUAGAAAUGUAGAUGAUAAUGGCUGGCCUACCGCGAAUAACCGAUUUUGAGAUAUUGGAAAAGUUGGGUGAGGGCAGUUAUGCGACAGUCUACCGAGCCAGGCACAAAAAAACCAAAUCAUGCCAUGCCAUAAAAUUUGUAGAAAUGUCCUCCCUUUCGGAUAGUUCACGCGAAAACCUCAUAACAGAAAUUCGCUUGCUCAGGUCCUUGAACCACAAGUAUAUAGUGACGUUGCAGGAUUUCUUUUGGGAUGAUAAAAACAUUUACAUAGUCUUGGAGUACUGCAAUGCCGGCAGUUUGCAUUCAUUCAUACGUUCUAAAAAAUCACUGCCUGAGGCCACUUGCAAAUAUUUCCUAAGACAAUUGGCCUCUGCUGUGGAAUAUAUGCGCCACAAUGAAAUUUGCCAUUUUGAUUUGAAGCCCCAAAAUCUUUUGCUAACUAAAGUCAACUCCAAUGUUUCCCUAAAGGUAGCGGAUUUUGGUUUUGCACAGCAUUUAAAAUUGGGCGAAAUUAAUCAGCAGUUGAAGGGAUCACCUUUGUAUAUGGCACCAGAGAUAAUACGCAAGCAACGUUAUGAUGCCAGAGCUGAUCUGUGGAGCAUAGGUGUCAUCCUAUACGAAUGUCUAUUUGGCCGAGCACCUUAUUCGUCAAAGACCAUAGAGGAAUUGCUAACACGCAUAAAGAGUUGCGAGAGAAUAACUUUGCCGCCCAAUGUACGUAUUAGCAAAGAAUGCGAGGAUUUGUUAAGUCGCCUAUUGCAACAUGAUCCUGCGAAGCGCAUAGCAUUCAAUGAUUUCUUUAAUCAUGCUUUUCUUGAUCUCAAAACAGUGCCCUCGGAAAAGACUUUACAGAAAGCCAUUGAUUUGGUGACCCAAGCGGUGGAAUAUGAUGAAAAGCAAAACUAUAAAGAGGCCUAUUAUCUCUACUGCAGCUCUCUACAAUAUUUUGUGCCCUUGAUAACCGAUGAGACAGAUGCCAACAAGCGUUUGGCUUUAAGGCAAAGAGCCCAAACCUAUCUCAAAAGGGCAGAAGAAAUUAAAAAUGUUAUCAUCGAGGAAGAAUACAAAGCUUUAGCCUUAAGACAAGCAAAAAACAGUCAGGAAUCCAGUUCAUCCACGACGACUACGAGCUCGAACACUGCUAACAAUGUGACACAAGCUUUGGAGCCAGAAACACGUUACAAACAACUUUAUGCUCUCUCCCACUCUAGCCCUUCAUUGAAAACGGGCUUGGAUAUUGGUCGCCAAGGCGAGUUGUAUCUUUUCGAAAGAAAAUAUGAAUCGGCCUUGGAAUCUUUUACCUCGGCUUUAGGCAUUUUAGUGCCAUUUUUAAAUAAGGAACCCAAAGGUGAUCGAAGGUCUUUACUAUUGCAGCAGUUGGAUUUGUGGAUGAAGGAAGCCGAAAGCAUAAAAAGCCUUUUAAAUGCCAAGGACAUCGAUGAUGAACACAAACUUAGCCAUUCGGUUUAUCAUCAUCCUCAUCAACAUGACCAAUGUGAAAAAACAUUCCCAUGUUCUUUGAUGAGUACUUUGUCGUUAUUUUCAUAUAAUUUCUUAAGUUCUUUAAUUUAUGGAAUUCUAAAAUUGUUAAGAAAUGUUUUGUUUUAUGUGAUUUUAAAAAAGUAAUAUAUUCUAAAAGAAAUGAAAUAA